AUGGCGGAGAAGACGCAAACCACGGCGAACGUGUCCAAUGGCACAAAGACGCCUCGACCACCGUUGAAAAAGCAGGACACGGAUAAGGAUCUCGACGACUAUUUCAUCGGACCGCGAGACCUCGAUCACCACUCGAAAUGGCCCAUCUUCUUGCGCCUGCACGGCAGUAUCACACCAGAGAUGAUCCUCCCUCUUCUGUUCAUCGCCUGCUGGUCAACUCUGAUCACUUGUAUCUCGAAAUUCGUACAUGAUCUCGGCAUCAAUCAGCUCCUCCUCACAGUCCUCGGUUUCGUCGUCGGUCUCGCCCUAAGCUUCCGUAGCUCUACCGCCUACGAACGUUACAACGAAGGUCGCAAGUACUGGGCACAGCUCACCCUCGCUUCCCAGAACCUGGCGCGCUUAAUCUGGAUCCAUGUGGACGAGCGGCACGGAACGGACGCUGCAACCGGCAAGCAAGAUCUUCUGGGAAAGAUUAGUUGCCUGAACAUGAUCGCCGCAUACGCCGUUGCGCUGAAGCAUAAAUUGCGGUUCGAGCCGUACAUGCACUACGACGACUUGAAGCAUCUCGUCGGGCAUUUGGAUACAUAUGCGAAAGCUGCAGAUCAACCUGAUGCGAAGAAGAAGCAGAAUCCCUUAAGGACAGCAGGUCAAUUCCUCGGUGUGCCCAUGGUUGAAUCCAACCCCCGUAAACUCCUCAAAAGGGCCCGCGUGCCUCUCGGCAACCUCCCUCUAGAGAUUCUCAGCCACCUUUCUGCGUACAUGAAGACCAUCUACGACAACGGCACAUUCAAAGUCAGCAUCUACCAGACGCAAUCUCUCAACGCGCUCACGACCAUGAACGACGUGCUUACUGGUACUGACCGCAUUCUCAACACGCCUCUUCCAAUUGCGUACUCCAUUGCUAUCAGCCAGAUCACUUGGGUCUACAUCAUCCUCUUGCCAUUCCAACUAUACAAGAGUCUAGGCUGGGUCACAAUCCCUGCCUGCGUGUUUGCUGCAUACAUUAUCCUGGGUAUCGCACUUAUUGGCAGGGAGAUCGAGAACCCCUUCGGCGACGAUGUGAAUGACUUGCCGCUGGACGCGUUCUGUGAGCAAAUCCGCAAGGACGUGGAUAUCAUCAUGUCGCGCAUCGCUCCGCUCUCCGACGAGUUCGUCUCCCACGAAGACAAUCUACCUUUGUACCCACUUUCUCAUCUCGGUAGCACGAGCUGGGCCGACAGGAGUGUCGAGGAGAUCAGGGAUGCAUUGGCGAGCAAGCCCGGCCUGCAUUACCCAAUGGUCGAGCACAACGAGCAUCCGAGGCCUCAUUCGAACGAGGUUAGGAAGACAGAAGCUAAUCGGGCUGAGAGGGGCGAGGCUGGAUGUGGUGCGGCGGCUGGUACUGAGUAA